GGCAGCCCAAUGGAUCCUAUGGUGAUGAAGAGACCUCAGUUGUAUGGGAUGGGCAGUAACCCUCAUUCUCAGCCUCAGCAGAGCAGCCCUUACCCAGGAGGCUCCUACGGCCCCCCAGGCCCACAGCGGUAUCCAAUCAGCAUCCAGGGUCGGACCCCAGGGGCCAUGGGAGGAAUGCAGUACCCACAGCAGCAGAUGCCACCUCAGUAUGGACAGCAAGGUGUGAGUUACUGUCAGCAGGGCCAGCAGCCUUACUACAACCAGCAGCCGCAGCCUCCGCACCUCCCUCCGCAGGCCCAGUACCUGCCGUCCCAGUCCCAGCAAAGGUACCAGCCUCAGCAGGACAUGUCUCAGGAAGGCUAUGGAACUAGGUCUCAACCUCCUUUGGCUCCUGGAAAACCUAACCAUGAAGACUUGAACUUAAUACAACAAGAAAGACCAUCAAGUUUACCAGUUGAAGUCUUGACCUCGGAGGAUACCGCCUUUGGACUCAAGGACCUGUCUGGCUCCAUCGAUGACCUCCCCACGGGAACGGAGGCAACUCUGAGCUCAGCAGUCAGUGCGUCUGGGUCCACGAGCAGCCAAGGGGAUCAGAGCAACCCAGCUCAGUCACCUUUCUCUCCGCACGCAUCCCCCCAUCUCUCCAGCAUCCCUGGGGGCCCAUCGCCUUCUCCUGUCGGCUCUCCUGUGGGCAGCAACCAGUCGCGAUCUGGCCCGAUUUCUCCUGCAAGUAUUCCAGGCAGUCAGAUGCCUCCUCAGCCACCCGGGAGCCAGUCAGAAUCCAGUUCCCAUCCUGCCUUGAGCCAGUCACCAAUGCCACAGGAAAGAGGUUUUAUGGCAGGCACACAAAGAAACCCUCAGAUGUCUCAGUAUGGACCUCAACAGACAGGACCAUCCAUGUCGCCUCAUCCUUCUCCUGGAGGCCAGAUGCAUCCUGGAAUCAGUAGCUUUCAGCAGAGUAACUCAAGUGGGACUUAUGGUCCACAGAUGAGCCAGUAUGGACCACAAGGUAAACACCGUUUCUCAAAAAUGCAUUGCAGGUGCCCUAGGGUGGAGCGCCAGCACGUGUCUAAGGCUUGGCCUUUGGGAUUCCCGCUACUGAAGAGAACUAGUGGAAACUCGGGGAAGCGGGUGGAAAGUGUAAAGUUGGAUGCCCACUUUUUUGUCCCUGAUAGAUAUCAGAGGAGAAUCCUGGACCGGAGCCUGUUACUAGAUAGCAUUCGGAGGAACAAAUGGUUGUGCAAACCUGAAACCAUAACUCAGGCUUUGGCAAUUUCUCGACUCAGGGCCAAGCAAGGCACUUUUCCGGGCAUGAAUCAGAGUGGACUUAUGGCUUCCAGCUCUCCCUACAGCCAGCCCGUGAACAACAGCUCUGGGCUGAUGAACACCCAGGCACCCCCCUACAGCAUGACGCCCAAUAUGGUGAACAGCUCAGCAGCAUCUAUGGGUCUUGCAGAUAUGAUGUCUCCCGGGGAAUCCAAAUUGCCCAUACCUCUCAAAGCCGACGGUAAAGAAGAAGGCACUCCGCAGCCUGAGAGCAAGUCGAAGGAUAGCUACAGCUCUCAGGGUAUUUCUCAGCCCCCAACCCCCGGCAACCUGCCAGUCCCUUCCCCAAUGUCCCCCAGCUCUGCUAGCAUCUCCUCAUUUCAUGGAGAUGAAAGCGAUAGCAUUAGCAGCCCAGGCUGGCCAAAGACUCCAUCAAGCCCUUUAGAUGUGGCUGAUGGAAGGAUGAGCUUACUUGAUAACCUCUCGUUUUUUCCUUCUUUUCUUUUGGUACUACUACCGUCAGCUAACUCAGGAUCCUUGCAAGGUCCACAGACCCCCCAGUCAACUGGCAGUAACUCGAUGGCAGAGGUCCCAGGUGACCUGAAGCCCCCGACCCCAGCCUCCACCCCUCAUGGACAGAUGACCCCGAUGCAAGGUGGAAGAAGCGGUACAGUCAGCGUGCACGACCCAUUCUCAGACGCCAGUGAUUCAUCAUUCCCGAAACGGAACUCCAUGACUCCGAGCGCCCCCUACCAGCAGGGCAUGAGCAUGCCCGACGUGAUGGGAAGGAUGCCCUAUGAACCCAACAAGGACCCCUUUGGUGGAAUGAGAAAAGUGCCUGGAAGUAGUGAGCCCUUUAUGACUCAAGGGCAGAUGCCCACGAGCAGUAUGCAGGACAUGUAUAACCAGAGUCCCUCUGCAGCGAUGUCCAGUCUGGGCAUGGGGCAGCGGCAGCAGUUUCCCUACGGAGCCAGCUACGAUCGAAGGCAUGAACCUUACGGGCAGCAGUACCCAGGCCAAGGCCCUGCCUCAGGACAGCCGCCAUAUGGAGGACACCAGCCCGGCCUGUAUCCACAGCAGCCGAAUUACAAACGCCAUAUGGACGGCAUGUACGGGCCUCCAGCCAAACGCCACGAGGGAGACAUGUACAGCAUACAGUAUGGCAACCAGCAGCAAGACGUGUAUAACCAGUAUGGGGGCUCUUACUCCGGACCGGACAGGAGGCCCGUCCAGGGACAGUACCCGUAUCCCUACAACAGGGAGCGGAUGCAGGGCCCGGGGCAGGUACAGCCGCAUGGGAUCCCGCCUCAGAUGAUGGGCGGCCCGAUGCAGUCGUCCUCCAGCGAAGGGCCUCAGCAGAGCAUGUGGGCGGCUCGCAACGAUAUGCCUUACCCCUACCAGAACAGGCAAGGCCCGGGCGGCCCCGCCCAGGCACCUCCUUACCCCGGCAUGAACCGCACGGAUGAUAUGAUGGUACCUGAUCAAAGGAUCAAUCACGAGAGCCAGUGGCCUUCUCACGUCAGCCAACGUCAGCCUUAUAUGUCCUCUCCCGCCUCCAUGCAGCCCAUCACGCGCCCGCCUCAGUCAUCCUACCAGACGCCACCAUCGCUGCCAAAUCACAUCUCCAGAGCCCCCAGCCCUGCCUCCUUCCAGCGCUCCCUGGAGAGCCGCAUGUCUCCAAGCAAGUCUCCCUUUCUGCCCUCCCUGAAGAUGCAAAAGGUCCUGCCCACCGUCCCCACGGCCCAGGUCACGGGGCCGCCCCCCCAGCCGCCCCCCAUCAGAAGGGAGAUUACCUUUCCUCCUGGCUCCGUUGAGGCCUCACAGCCAGUUUUGAAACAAAGGCGAAAGAUUACCUCAAAAGAUAUCGUUACUCCUGAGGCCUGGCGUGUGAUGAUGUCCCUUAAGUCAGGUCUUCUGGCUGAAAGUACUUGGGCUCUGGACACUAUUAACAUUCUCCUGUAUGAUGACAGCACUGUUGCUACCUUCAGUCUCUCCCAGUUGUCUGGAUUUCUCGAACUUUUAGUAGAGUACUUUAGAAAAUGCCUAAUUGACAUUUUUGGGAUUCUUAUGGAAUAUGAGGUGGGAGACCCCAGCCAAAAAGCACUUGAUCACAAUGCAGUGAGGAGAGAUGACAGCCAGUCGUUGGCUGACGACUCGGGGAAAGAGGAGGAAGAUGCUGAGUGUAUUGACGAGGAGGACGACGAGGAGGAUGAGGACGAGGACGAGGACGAUGGGAAGACGGAGAUGGAGGAGAAGAGCAGCGCGGCUCUGGCCUCUCCCAACGCCACUGCAGAUCCCAAGGAGAAGCCCAGGCAAGCGAGUAAGUUCGACAAGCUGCCAAUAAAGAUAGUCAAAAAGAACAACCUGUUCGUGGUCGACCGGUCUAACAGGCUGGGUCGUGUUCAAGAGUUCAACAGUGGACUUCUGCACUGGCAGCUUGGUGGGGGGGACACCACCGAGCACAUCCAGACUCACUUCGAGAGCAAGAUGGAGAUCCCUCCUCGGAGGCGUCCACCUCCCCCUGUAAGCUCCACUGGUAGGAAGAAAGAGCAAGAAGGAAAAGGCGAGGCUGACGAGCAGCAAGAGAAAAGCAUCAUCGCGACCAUUGACGACGUCCUGUCUGCGCGGCCAGGGGCGCUGCCGGAAGACGCAAACCCUGGUGCCCAAACCGAAAGCAGUAAGUUUCCCUUUGGGAUCCAUCAAGCCAAAAGUCACCGGAACAUCAAGCUGCUGGAGGACGAGCCAAGGAGCCGAGACGAGACUCCUCUCUGCACCAUUGCGCACUGGCAGGAUUCUCUGGCUAAGCGCUGUAUCUGUGUGUCCAACAUUGUCCGAAGCUUGUCUUUUGUGCCUGGUAAUGACGCUGAAAUGUCCAAACAUCCAGGCUUGGUGCUGAUCCUGGGGAAGCUGAUUCUGCUUCACCACGAGCAUCCAGAGAGGAAACGAGCGCCGCAGACCUACGAGAAGGAGGAAGACGAGGACAAAGGGGUGGCCUGCAGCAAGGAUGAGUGGUGGUGGGACUGCCUGGAGGUCUUAAGGGAUAACACGUUGGUCACGUUGGCCAACAUUUCUGGGCAGCUAGACUUGUCUGCUUACACAGAAAGCAUCUGCUUGCCAAUCUUGGAUGGCUUGCUGCACUGGAUGGUGUGCCCGUCUGCAGAGGCACAAGACCCCUUCCCCACUGUGGGACCCAACUCCGUCCUGUCGCCUCAGAGACUCGUGCUGGAGACCCUCUGCAAACUCAGCAUCCAGGACAAUAACGUGGACCUGAUCUUGGCCACGCCUCCAUUUAGCCGUCAGGAGAAAUUCUAUGCUACGUUAGUUAGGUACGUGGGGGAUCGGAAAAACCCAGUCUGUCGAGAAAUGUCCAUGGCGCUCUUAUCGAACCUUGCCCAAGGGGACGCACUGGCAGCGAGGGCCAUAGCUGUGCAGAAAGGGAGCAUUGGCAACUUGAUAAGCUUCCUAGAGGACGGGGUCACCAUGGCCCAGUAUCAGCAGAGCCAGCAUAACCUCCUGCACAUGCAGCCCCCGCCUCUAGAACCCCCGAGCGUGGACAUGAUGUGCAGGGCGGCCAAGGCUCUGCUGGCCAUGGCCAGGGUGGACGAGAACCGCUCGGAGUUCCUCCUGCACGAGGGCCGAUUGCUGGAUAUCUCGAUAUCAGCCGUCCUGAACUCUCUGGUUGCGUCUGUCAUCUGUGAUGUACUGUUUCAGAUCGGGCAGUUAUGACAUCCGAGAGAAGGCAGCAUGUGUGAGUGAAGACUAGAGGCUCCCGUAUCACUGGCUGUUUUCUGUUCUUGUUUAUCCAGCGUAGAAAGAAGGAAAAGAAAAUCUCUGCUCCUCUGCCCCAUUCACUAUUUACCAAUUGGGAAUUAAAGAAAUAAUUAAUUUGAACAGUUAUGAAAUUAA